AAUUCCUUGACCGGAUAAGUCAACCCGAGAAUCCCAAAUCUGGAAUCCGAACGGUUCGUCUCUCGAGAUCGAUUUUGUAACCUCGUCCAGAUGGGUUCGUCGGAGAUCGAGGUAGUGACACUGGGUUCGAAGUCUCAACAGCAAAACCCUACCGGCGAUUUACCCGCCAUCACCGACGUCUUCUCCGCCUGCGUUUACGGCGAUCUCCGGCAGCUUCGGAGCUUCGUCGAACAUGGCGGUGCCUCUGUUUCUCUUCCCGACGGAAACGGCUACUACCCCCUCCAAUGGGCGUCGCUCAACAGUUUCGUCGAUGUUGUGCAGUAUAUCAUCGAGCAUGGAGGUGAUGUGAAUGCAGCUGAUCAUAUGCGACAGACAGCGUUGCAUUGGGCUGCAGUAAGGGGUUCAAUUGCUGUAGCAGAUCUUCUCUUGCAGAAUGGAGCUCGAAUUGAGGCGGCUGAUGUGAAUGGAUACAGGGGACUGCAUGUUGCUGCUCAAUAUGGACAGACAGCCUUCUUAAAUCACAUUAUUGCAAAUUAUGGGGCUGACUAUAAUGCACUAGAUAAUGAAGGGAGAAGCCCCCUUCAUUGGGCUGCUUACAAAGGAUUCACAGAUACAAUCAGGUUACUUCUUUUCAGAGAUGCAUGCCAAAAUAGACAAGACAAUAAAGGUUGUACUCCUCUGCAUUGGGCGGUAAUGAGAGAAAAUAUUGAGGCUUCUACUCUACUUGUUCAUGCUGGAACAAAGGAGGAACUAUUUUUGAAAGAUAGUGCUGGAUUCACUCCUCUUCAGCUUGCUUCUGAUAAAGGUCACCGGCAACUUGCUCUCUUCCUUUCUAAGGCAACGCAAACUCAUAGUAAUCGUGUGGACAAGAUGAUACGUGGAAAGCUGGGAGAUAAAGGCUAUGCUCCAAUUUUGUUUUGCUUAAUAGUAGUUCUUAUGGUUCUCUUCAUCAUAUCAGUAAUUACAGCUCCUGAUUUCCCAAAGGUGACUGCCACUGUUGGACUGUGGGCAUGGAUUGGUCUUACCCUUGGUUUUUGUUCUCUGAUAAUGUUAUAUCGGUGUAGCAGCAAGGAUCCAGGUUAUGUAAAAAGAGCUGAUGAACUUAAUGGACAUCAAGAUGCCAAUGAUCCGUUGAUGAGUAUCGAUUUGAACAGCUUGUCCUGGACAGGAACUUGGUCUCAGCUCUGCCCGACUUGCAAGAUAAUUCGACCAGUUCGUUCUAAGCACUGUCCUACCUGCAAACGCUGCGUUGAGCAGUUCGACCAUCACUGCCCCUGGAUUUCCAACUGUGUCGGUAAGAGGAAUAAACGCGACUUCUUGGUAUUUGUGCUGAUGGGAGCUUUGACAUCCUCCGUUGGUGGCUCGAUCGCUCUUCAAAGAAUAUGGACAGGAAUUCCAUCGGUACGAGCAGGAGAGUCAUGGAUUCACCAUAUUGCUUUCAAACAUCCCGGGGUUAUCGUCUUUCUCUUCUUCGACUCUGUCAUUUUCAUGGCUGCUACAACAUUGACGAUUCUACAGACCUAUCAGGUAGCUCGGAACAUAACAACGAACGAGAUGUCAAACAAGAGGAGGUAUAGUUACUUGCGAGGUCAAGAUGGUCGGUUUCACAACCCUUAUAACCAUGGAUGCCGGAGAAACUGCUCCGAUUUCUUCGUUCAUGGAUACACCAUGGACGACGAGGUUGCUAGAUCUCCCACGCAACUCUGAGCAUAUCUGUGAUUCAACUCUCGUGUUUAUGUUACAAAAUCAUGAACCCUAAUUCUCAUUGUUCCACACAGCAGCGUCGGCCUCAGGAUACGUAUGAUCUUGUUUGAUUUGAUUCUGUAUCGAAUUUAGCAAAUGAUACCAACAGAGCUUCGGACAAGAUUACGACUU